GUUUUUGAGACUGGCUUAGUCGCUAUCCAGAACGUCUACCAACAACAUCACCAUGAUACCACAGGUAUCAUCAUUAUGUGUACUUCUUGUGAUCGCCGGAUCUUGCUGGGCGGAUCAACAACAACAACAACAACUAGGGAUUCCUGGUUCUCUCGAUGCCGAGUCCAUCAACGACUUAGCCAAGAAGCCAUUAAAAUUAGAUCCAAAGUUACGUAAAGCUUUGCUUAAAGUACUCAAUCGCUUAGAAGAAGAGGACAGAGUAAACGAAGUAAAGCAGGCGGAAGUUGAAUCACAACAAUUUCAACAACAGCAACCACAAUUCGAACAACAGCAACAACAAUUCGAACAACAGCAACAUCAGCUGAGACAAAGACAGCAACAUCAACGGAAACAAAUACGAAUUCUAGAUCAACAGCAAAUACAAAUAUUGGGACAACAACAAAUACAGUUACAAGAUCAACAGAAAAAACAGUUACAGGAUCAAGAGCCGAGACUGCAGCUGUUACAGAACCAAGAGCAACGACUGGAACAGUCACAGAAUCAAGUAGAGCAAAGACUGCAUUUGCAAGAUCAACAGCGACAAAACGCACAACCGCAACUGCAUUUUAACGUGCAAGAGUCAACUGAACAGGUGCAACAAGAACGUCAAAACUUCACACCGUCUCAGUCGCCGACGGUAGCAUUACCCACUUCAACUAUAGCAUUUACCACUCCUACCGAAGCAUUUCAGCCUACACCGACGGCAGCGUUUCCCACUUCAACCUCGCCUAAAACAGCGGCAGUAACGUUAGCUACGUCCACGUCAUCAGGUCUAUUGCCAACGCUGUUGCCGACCCAAAGUUCACUCGUGGCCACUAAGUCUGUGUCGAUCGGCGACGGGGAAAAGGCACCGAAUAAUGCGCUACGUACGACAUCGCCGGCCGCGUCCAACGCACCGUCCACUGACACCGGCACCGUAGUUGACUUCUUCGAAGCGCCUUUGUUGACAGCGUUCACGGUGCAACAGGACUCGGCAGGUGUACCACGACGUGUUAUACCCAUUUUCACGGAACCGGGACAGCUAGAGAGGCAGAAGAUAUUGGCUCUGGAAACUCGGGCGGAAUCAGGCAAUGGUGGCGACCGGAAUACGGUUGAACCGGACAGGAAUGAACUGGAGUUCCUGAAAAGCGUAGAAUUAUCAAAGCAACGAGUACCAUCGGUAUUAUCACGAGAAGAACUGCAGCAGCGAGAAUCAUUAGCCGUGCAACAACAGCUGAGGUUCCAACAACAACUGCAGCAGAGGGCGGUACUCGAAGAACAACAGCGGCGGCAACAGAUCGCUCAACAACGACAACAACAACAACAACAGCAACAGCAACAACAACAACUGCAACAACAACAACUGCAACAACAACAACAACAACAGCAGCAACAACGACAACGACAGCAACAACAACAACAACUGCUACAGCAACAACAACAACAACAACUGCUACAGCAACAAAGGGCAAUAGUCUUCCAGCCACAGCAACAGCAGCAGCAGCAGCAGCAGCAACUGCAGUCGAACCCUGUCCAAGUGCAACAACUUCAGUUGAACCCUGUUCAAGUGCAACCACAACAGCCGCAACCCAUCCGAUUUGUGCAACAACAGCAACCACAGUUCGUUGAAGGUCCGUUGACGCUUCUGCCGCAAUUCGUCCAGCAGCAACAGCAGGCGCGAGUGCUUAGGCAACCACAACCACAGUCCUUCGGUUACGGGUUGUCAGUACCCAAACUCCCAGGAGAUCUGGACGUGGUAUACAAGGUGCUGGCUUUGAAUCACGAAGGUAGAAAUAACAACGUAAUCGGACCUCAGCCCUUGUUGUUCUGAUCGGCAAUUAGUGUCAUAAUGUUAUUAUUAUUUUAUCAUCACCUAAGUAUUAUUGUUUUUAUUUUUAAAAAUAUUUUUAGUCAAACCGCGUUUGUCCCAUACUGCUUUUAGGAUCGGACCUGAGCAUAUACAUAGUAAUAACGUAACGUUUUAUAAUAAUACUAGCUCGUGAUUUUAUAUCAUUGUUUUUUAAAAAAAACUUUG